AUUUCGCCGCGAGAAAAAAAAAAAAAACCCACACCUCACGGCUCGCCCCGAGGCCGCGGUCCGCGGAUGGCUUCGCCGGCGGAGGAGGAGGGCCUGCUGGAGGUGCGGUGCGCGGGGUGCGGGGAGACGCUGGAGGUGGAGCGCGGGCUGACGGAGUUCGCCUGCCCGGACUGCGCCACGCCGCAGGCGCUCCCGCCGGAGCUCAUGCCGCCGCCACGGCGGCGCCGCGCGGUUCCCAUCCCGCCCGCGCCGGCGCCGGCGCGGGCGGCGCCUCCCCCCGCGGGCGCGAGGCUGCCGUGCGGGGCCUGCGGGGCGCUGCUGAGCGUGCCGCCGGGUCUCGCGCGGUGCGGGUGCCCGGUCUGCGGCGCCGAGCUCGCCGUCGACGCCGCACGGCUCCGGCGGUACCUCGCGGCCACCGCCGCGCCGCCGCUCGUGCCGGUCUCGCUGCCGGCGUCCUUCCAGGCCCGAGAGGUACAGCAAGAAUAUCCUGAUUCUGCAGUUCGUGUAGGACAUAUUCAAGGAUAUCCAAAUAAUCGACUGGUUCAUGUAGAGCGAUCACAGAUAAGAUGUCGAAAUACAGAGGCACUUUCGGAGUAUCCUGAUGCUCAUACUGGCAGAGAUGAUAUAGAUACUGAAGUGUCAAACGAGAUUAAUGCAAGGCACUACCACAGGAGCGGAUUUUCAGUUGCUUCUAGAACUUUUGGUGCAAAGAGGAGGCAGGUGGAAGCUCUAAAUCAUGUCACAUAUCAGGUGCACUCGCAGCAGUCCAAUUAUUCAGUUCACGCCGAACAUCCAGAGCAUACAAUUCAUGUCCGGGAGGCACAUAAUGAAUCUCUUAAUCAUGCAGUUUGCAAAUUUGUGGGGCAUGUUGGGCUGAUUAAGGAAACAACUGCUGUAAGGCACACCAACCAGGUAAACGGUACCGCUAUUGACCCUGAAUCUGUGACUGUGGAGAAGAGGCAGGCUCCAGCAUCGAAUCAGACCACACAGGACGUACAAAAGUAUUCUUCCCGUAGCAUUAUAUGUGCAGAGUAUGCUACAGUCCCGUAUCAGGAUCAGGUGAUUUAUUUGCAAGAGUCUCAAAUAGAUCCUGUCAAUCAUGGGGACAAUGUGCAUAUGCAGCCGAGUGAUAGGAUCAGCGCAAGGGAUGGCAAUUGCAUAACUGGACACUCAGUUAGCCAUGAAGCUAUUAGGUCAAAGGAAAGACAGAUAGACGUAGUGAACAAGGCCACACAUCUGAUGCCAAAGCAGCAUGUUGAUAAUAGGGCUCAUGCAGAACACACUGUAGCAGAUCAUUCAGAUCAAAUGAUAGAACAUAUGUGUCAUGCCACUUAUGGAGGGGAAGAAUGCUUGCAGAAAACAAAUGGUAGUGUUGCAAAGCACAACAAUAGGCAAAGUGAGCACUUAACUGGUUGUAGAAACAGUAAUAUGGAAGAUAGAUAUGUAGAGCCCUUGAAGCAGGCAAUGCAUGAGGCAGAAGAACAGCCUGCAUAUUAUAUUUCUAAUAAAGCACAGGAGCAUGUUGAGCCUCCAAAUAGUGGUGUCAUUCGGCAUGGAAAUAAAAAAAUUGGAACUAGAGCUGAACCUGGUUCAACUUGUAAUGAGCAAAAAUGGACUAUCCCUGCUGAACAACCCAUUUUUGAAGAACAGGGACAUGCACCUUCAGUAUAUGAUACCCAGACACAACAUAUUGAACCAGAUUUGGGGAAGCAGGCUCCUCGACGAACUCAAAAGAGGAAGAAGCUAUUGACGGCAGCUUCAAACAACAGGCUGCAGCUUAGGCGUAGUAAACGUUUAACCCCCGAGUCAAAUGCUGUAGUUGACACUGGGCCAUUAGAAACUUAUCCUCCAGAACAGCAGGUUGCUUCUCCAUAUCAAAAUCGAUCUGACCUUCCAGAUAUAGAUGGGAUCAUUGCCAAUCUCUGCCCUGGUUCAUCCCCUCAGCUCAAGAUGCCUCAGUUACACUCUACUGAGUCAGAACCUUUUAAUGUAGCUGCAUUGCCUGCUUCAGAUCCAUAUCUGGAGUCUCUUAAUGAGGUCAUCGAAGAGCAUGGCAUGGACAAAACAAGAACUGAAGUUGAAUCCACCUUAAUUUAUCAGAGACAGGGAAAGGCAGGGUCUCCUAAACUGCUUAGCCCUAUUGAACAGGAGCCAGAACAUUCUGAUGAUAACAUCCCGAUGCAUCAGGACGAACCUGACAUGGGACAACUGAGUGCAAAAUUGACUCAUAAGAGCAUGAAGAGAAAUCUGGUGUCUUCUUUAAAUGAAGGGAUUGAGCAUAGGCGUAGUAAGCGUUUAGCCAAACAAUCAGCUGCCACUACAUACUAUGAAUCUCCAGAAAGUGAUUCUGAGGAAAGUCAGGCUGCCUCUCCAAGUAUUUCUAACUCUCUAGACAUUGGCCGAGCUAGUGAUGAUAGUUCCUCUAGUUUACAGCCUCAGCAUGAUACACCUCAAAGAAGCUCAAAUGAAGCAGACAGUGUUACCAUGCAGUCUGCUUCUUCAAUUCCUGACAUGUCUGAUCCUGAGAGUUUUGCGCGUUAUUACAGUAAAGUAUACCCUCCAGAGGUUAGGAGGGCUCUUGAAAGGAAUUCUAAUGUAUGGCUUGAGCCGCGCCUCAUACAUCAGAGCCCUUCUAGUUACUUGCAUGCCGGUGGCAAGGAAAAGAGAAGACGCGGUCGUGGUUCUACAUUGUGCCUCAAAAUCUGGACUAUGCCUGAGGGUGUCAGGAUUCCGGUGUCCUUGAAUGAUCUCGGUCAACCUAUUGGAAACGAGGCAGCCACCUUGAGUUACUUUCUGGGCACAAUUGCACGAGAUGUAACAUUGGCACCUCUGACAUAUACAGAUUGGAGGGGUUUUCCGGAGAAAAACAAGGAUGUCAUGUGGCAUUUAGUUAACCUCAAGUUUGUCAUCGCUCCAAUUGGUGAAAUCUGGGCUAUGAAAGCUUUGGGUAAAAAGUGGAAGGACUGGAGAGCUACCUUAAAACAUGAACGGUAUGAUGUCCAUGAGACAGAUGAGGAACGUCUUGCUGAUCGAGAUGCUCGUGUCCCAGAAGAACAAUGGAAAUGUCUUGUAGCAUAUUGGGGCACUGAGAAGGCCAAGGCUGCAAGUGCUCGCUGUAGAGCUUUGCGAGCAAGGCAACCUGUUCAUAAACAUAGAGCAGGGUCGAAGAGUUAUGCGCGGAUACGCGAGGAGGAGAGACAAAAACGACCAAACAAGGAGGAACCAAGCCGCACAGAUAUAUUCAUAUUGACUCAUACACCAAAAGAUGGGAAAGGGAGACCCAUUGAUCAAACAACAGCUGAUGUAAUUUCUUGCCUUCGCAAAGAAGCACACAAGAGGCAAGAAGGUUCGGCAAGUGGUUCUAUGGAUGAUGUCUUUGCCAAAAUUGUCGGUCCAGACACAAGGGACACGAAGCGAACUUAUGGACCUGUGCCCUGCACCAGUGAGCUCCGUGGAAAGACAGCUGCCAAGGUGUCUUUGAGGCUAGCUCAUGCGGCUAAAAGGAAUGCAGAGGAGGAGGCGGCCACACUGAAGAAGAAGAUGAUGGAAAUGGAAGAAAAUAACAGGAAGCUUCAGGAGGAUCUGGCCUGCGCGAAGAGUCCAGCUAGUAGUGGUGUGAAAGACAGGAGGAGGAUGUCAACUGAUGAUCUGCAGAGGAACCAACCCGUGAAUCAUUAGGUCUCCCAGCUAUCCACAGACAGUGCAACCCUGUGUCUUUUUCCAAGACAAGCCUAUCCAGAACCAAAGAAGACCACAGAAUGUUCAAAGACUUCACUCUCUGUUUUUGUAGACUGGUGAAAUGCAUCACUUUUUGAAACGGUCAGAAUCUAGGCAUUUUCACCAAAGAUGCACUCAAGCAAAUUGGUAGUACCUGAAAGUUAUGGUUCUGAAUGGGUAACCAGGUGUUUUGAUUAUUGGUGAACAUGCAAACUGGAUGUUGACUAGGGGCUGGUUUGGCAGGGCUCCAGCUCCAGCUUCUCCUGCGGCUUCAGUGAAGCCCUACCAAACAAUUUGGUCAAAAACGGCUCCACCCCUAAAGCACUAGAGGAGCCGGAGCCGUUUUAUAUGGAGAAGCCGGAGUUAAAAAAAAGUGGCUCCUUCGGCUCAGGCUCCUUUUAGGAGGAGCUGGAGCCCUAUCAAAUUGGUCCUAGAUGAUGGUGGUCCAUCUCACCGUACCUUCAGUUGUCAAUUGUCAUGCUUCUGUUGCCUUCCAGGCUUGGUUGUCACGGCCUCAGCUACUUGAAAACGCACAGCUUGGCGAUGAAAUUGCGCGGGCUAAGCAGGUUGGCGGGAACUUUUCCAUCAUGAAACGUUAUGGCGGGAACAAAAUGAUAUUUCCCGCGAGAACCGCUGGAGGAGCGGAACAAAUCUGAAAUCCACCCACCUCAUCGGAAUCGGGUCUCAAUUCGCACGCUUUCCAAAAUUUGACACCCAAUUCGUAUGCCUCCCAGAAUUCGACACCGAGCAUGCGAAUUGUUUCAAUGCAGGUGUUUCUCUCUUCUUUUCUUCAUUUUCUUUCUUUUUUUUUCUUUUCCUUUUUCUUUUCAAGGACUCUUUUGCCCCUGCCGAUUAUCCUUUCACCGGAACGGAUCGAGCGACUCGGUGUGCAUCUCCUUUCUUCCGUGAAGAACAGCGUCGCCGCCGCCGGUGCCAAGACUUGCCGCUGCCCAAGGCUCGCCGGCUGCCUAGCAAUGCCGCCGGCGCCUCCCGUCCCUUUCCCCCUCGAUGCAAUGUCGCGUGGGCUGAAGUCGGUCAUCCUCCUGCACACUUGCGUGAGGAUGGGAUGCUGUCCAGCUGCUUCAUGUAUUGCUUUGCUAAUUGCGUGCAUGGAAGAAGCAGGGAGAGUUGAUAGGAAUUGAGCUUGAAUUUUGGUGCGGAGGGACUUGGAUUUUGGUGCUAGCUUUUGGAGAAAGGAGCAGCGGAGGCGAUUUGGAUUUUCCAAAGGCCAACACACACAGCGCUGGGCUGCUUCUCCGCCGAGGGCUCGCGGCCUUCGCAGCGGGCGAAGCGGUCCUUGAUGCGCAACCGUGGCGCGCCAGCCGCCAGGGACCUUUGCCGGCGACAGCACAACGGAGGAGAGGAGCGGAGCUUCUGAAGAUAAGGUAGGGGCAAAAUUGACUUCUCACAUGGGCUGGAAGUUCAAAAGAAGAAAGAAAAUAGAGAAAAGGAGAAGAAAACACCUGAACUGAAAGAAUUCGCGUAAUUUUGGAAAGCAUACGUAUUGAGUGUCAAAUGGUGUGCGAAUUGGAACCCAAAUAUUGAAAUUUCUCAUCGGAAUCGGAGGGGACGAGAGAGCGCGUGGCGGUGGCGACAGUGAAGAUGGCGGGGCCCGGCAGAAGCCGGCGCGCCUCCCGGAGCUGCCACCGGAGUGCGUGGCUGAUGCCGCGAGGCCUUACAUAUCGCUUGACAAGUAUACCGUGGAGGACCCUGACAUCAGCGAGCCGAUUCCAGAGGAGAAGCUCACCUGCGACCUCAGCGGCCUCAUGUCAUCACUAAAAGCCUGAUCUGCUGUGCCCUUUUGAUGUUGAAGCCCUCCAGCUGCAGAGUUGUAGUCUGAAACUCUGAUCUCCAUGAAUCGUGACCAGGAGCUUCAAAUCAAGAAACAGAGCACGCGGAAUUUGGGACUUGGCUUGCCCUUGUGACCAGGAGCUUCAAGUGAAGAAAUCAGAGCAAGCGGAAUUUGGGGCUUCUCUUGCAGUGCAAUUGUGUUGGCUGGAGUUGUGCUAUGAACAUGGAUAAACUUGUAGGAUUGCGUUCGUUGUUGAAUGGAACCAAACCUUGUCCUGUUUUCUGAAGAUCUGAAUUAUAUCCGUUCCAGGAACCAAAAUUUGAUGUUAGGUCCUUCUCUUGAAGUGAUGAAACAUCCAGCCAACUCCUGAAUGUCCGAUUCCUAAAAAUUUUCA